UACAACACACUCGCGGUAGAUUAAUCGUACAUUUCACCUCGUAGUCUAAAGUCGAAUUUUGCUGUGCGAAACCGUUGAUGCCAAUUCGACUACGAACUCGUAGUCGCGCGACCAUAAACAAACGGCCAAGCUAGAAGCAGAGUGUAAACGGAGGCACGCGCGUGCGACUAAACACUAAAUAUAAUACAUACAUACAAAUAAAUAAAUAAAUAUUUUGGUCACGUACAUAUUUUAUUUGAGAGUAUUUUGACAGGGCUUGUUUUUGCCAUAGAUAAAAAUUUAUAAAUAAAUGAUAAAAAAGUGUUAAAAAAUGUUCAUACAUACAUACGUUUUUACAUACUUAUACAUAUAUUAUAAUAAAUUGUGAAUUCUUGUGCGAGCGACACAAUUUUCUUAACGGCCUGAGAAAAUUUCUGCGCCUUUGCAAUUUAAUGCAAAAGUACCAUCGUCAAAGUAGCAAAAGAAAGCAAGUUUUUUUGGAAAAGCAAAAGAAGCGGAAGUUUUGCGAAAAGUCAAAAAGUAAAGGCAAAGUGGAUGUGUAAUUACGUGUGAAAAAUUACAAGAAACAAAAAUAAAAAAACGACGAGUUCACUAAUAAAUUUGUUAGCGUAACUGUGAGACGGAAACACAUUCCAGAAGCAACAAAAUAAAAAUAGAAAAAAAAAAAAACAAUAGCAACAGCAAGCAAAAAUCCACAAGCAAAAAACACAUUAAAAAAUACAAAUUCUGAACGAAGACCGCUGCAUGCAAUAUAUUUUCAAUUUGUGCUGCUCACCGUAACCACAAGCAAGAAGAAGCAAGAAGAGUAAGCAACAAAAAUAAAAUCAACAUUUAAAUCAACCCACUAAGAUUACGUAUUAGCUACCAUGGCGCCCACAAUCUGUUCGGAAAAGAAACCACGUCAAAUACGCACCAAUCUCAAGGAAAUACGCCGUCAGCCAAAUACAGCAUCCGCGUUAAUGGCAUCAGCGACGUUGGUGACGGCGGCAGCGGGCAGUAGUGGCGGUAGCACCUCGGCAGUGAUAAAUGGCAAUGGCAACGCGCCCGUUGCAUCGAGUAUUAUUAACUAUGUGGCCUCCGGUCGCAACUCAUCAACAUUGCGCGUACGCGGUAAACUCGAUACUGCUGCUGUUGAAAAAGCUUUCCUAGAGCCAAUACGCAUGGAUCGAUUGCGUUUGGAACAUAAUCAACAAAUAUCCGACAAUGUUGUCUCCUCAUCCACCACAGGGCCAGAAUCGAUGCGCGCCAUCACAGCCGAUGAAAUGGAUCUCGACAACGGCAUCACCGAUGAAGAAGACUGCGAAGUACAUUCCAUAACAAGUGGUGCGAUUUGUCACAACACUAACAACAAGGACACUAACAAUAGCAAUAGCAGUGAUAGCGGUAUUGCCUACAGCAACAAUUCUCACACACGACAACUGCUUCAAUGCGCCGUUAAAACAGUAUUCCCAGCGCCCACGUUGCACGACAAACAUUUACUACCAAUCACAAGCACUGCGAACAAACAUAGCAUAAACAGCACCAACAACAACAUUGGCAACAGUCAUAAUCAUCAAAAGCGACAUUAUGCCAGUGAUGAUGAUGAUGAGCACGAUUCCGAUACAUAUUCAAGUAUGUGUGAGAUUAAGAAUACGGAAGGACUGUUGGCGAUUGCGCUAAAGACUAUCAAGCUGGUGAAACGCAACCAAAUGUUGCAACGACGGCUAGCGCAGCUCCAACUCGAGACAUCAGAGUUUAUACAAUCGGUGUUGGCGAAUCCAGAGAACCGGCAUUUUCGUGACAAGAUGCAAUCGCCUGCAACAUCGCCAACUCCAACUACGCUGCACUCGCCAACUACGACAACAAUGCGGCAGCAGAGCCAAAAUGCCACGGAAGCAUAAAUAGCAGCGGAAUUUGCGGUUCUACAUUUUGCAUACACACAUACGCCCUAUAAAUGUGCAUGUAGUUGUAUUCUGGCGUCGACAUGUUGCUGGUGAUGGAGCGCACAGCAACAUGUUGCUUACUUUCUUUGUUGCGAAGCACAAAUCAACUAUCGUUUACAUACACCCACACACACACACACAUACACGGAAACACGCGCGCGCAUUGUUAAUGCGCUUUGCUGUGGAGCGCAGCUUUCGUAUAUACAAAACAAAAUCUGAAGAGCUUGUGUUGCAUACUUGCAGGCGCACCUCAAUUUCUCCUCAAAAUGUGAUAAACAGCAAAAUCAAAGUUCACCACGUGUUGCCGCUCUACUAAAUAUCUAACUAGUAAAUCAACUCAACUCAUAUACAUACAAGUAUAAUAAUAGAUACAAACAUAUAUUCACUACAAUUAAAAAUUAACUACGCUAUAUAGAUAUUUAUUCAACUAGUAGGAAUUUAUUGCUAGAAAAAAAUAAAAAAUACAGCAAAUAUUUAAAUAAAACUAUUUUAACUUUAAAAUAUGUCUAGUCACAACUGGUAUUCUCUCGUAAUGUGCCGAAGGUACAGUUAGUCUAGACUUUAUUUAGGUAACCUAACUUAUUCUUUUUUUAAUUUACCCUGUAUGGAAAGGGGUGUAAGUGAUUAGUCGAAUUUGAAAUUACGUAAAACGUUAAAUAUCUGCAAUUUUUAGAUUCCUAACUGCCAAACCCUUGUCUAAAAAAUUCUUCUGAUCCUGUUAUUUGUAUGAGGAAGAACGAAAUCAUGCUACAGCAACGUUAAGGGGGGAGCCUGGUUUAUGAGGUCUAAAAAUUGCAUCUCUUUGCGAUUUUUUUUUUUAAGGAAAAAAUUAAUUUAGCACUGCAAAGUUUUUUUCUAUCUUUUAAUGAACAUUUAAAAAGUAUAAAAAAUUUUUGUACUGGUUAAAAUAAGUUGAAAAAAAGGUUUAACAUAGAAAUGAGUAGAGCGCUGCAACGCUGGAGUUUCCAACUGGCGUACAAGAUACAGUUCGCAAUUAUUAUCUAAAACAAAAAAUUCACAUGGAUUUCUAAUUAUCACGAUUUUAUAUUCUAGAUGAACUAAGAAAACUGAGAGAAAUUCCAAAAUUUCAACAUUUCUGGAGGUUUCAAAGAAAAAAAUGUCUUUCUAAAAAAAAAAAAUUCACUUCAACUUGGUAUAAAAAUCUUGAAAAUUUUUUUAAUCUAUUUUGUUAGUUCAAAUAGAAGAGAAUUUAAUACUGAAGGGAAUAAAACUGAAGGCCCAUCGAUUUGUGGAACAAUAUUAAGAUGUAAGCCACAAUUAGAAGGAGGAUUUCGUCCAAAUACCCAGCAGAAGUGUAAGCGCCAAUUAUUUAUUUAUUUUUUUUUAAACUACUUGCUUACUGAAGAAAGUAUCCAGUCUUUACGUGCAAGCACAGAUAACGCGGAAUCACCACGUACAACUCAGUUGUCCGGAAUUUUCAGCUUUUAAUCAGCGAAGUCCUCCAGUACUCGAUUUUAAGCCGAAAGUACUCGAACAGAUGUAGGUAUUGCCAUACUUUUGCCAUACUUGAAGAACCGUUAUUUGUUUUUCAUCACCUGACGUAGCGUUGCCGCUCAUGAUUAAGUGUGCCACUUCAGUGUUACAGCUAGGAACGUGAACGUCAACGCAACACUCAACGCUCUUGUUUUGUUUUUUUAGAGCUUUAAGAAUUAAAAAAAAGGGAAACGGGCUUAUCAGAUGUGCGUCUUGAAAACCUUCAAAAACAAAACAAAAAAAAAAAAAAACGUAAGCAGAAGUAAAUUUUAAACGAAUU